GCGGUCGAAUUCAGAACUAUAAAAACCCAUGGAAGAAUCGAACGUGCGUUCAGUUCUUAGCGAAUAUCAGUUCUGAAUUCACAUCGUGACCAGCCACUAAACAUGAAGACCAUCGUUGUAGUCGUUGCCCUCUGUAUAGUCGGUGCCAUGGCACUUACGGAAGAACAAGAGGCCCAACUUGGAGAGUUCAAGACCGUCUGCAUGGAAGAAAGCAACGUCGAGAGACAGGUGGUGGAGGAUCUGAAAAAAGGCAUUGUUGAUGAGAACAACGAGAAAGGAGCCUGCUUCGUUGCUUGCAUGCUGAAGAAAAUGGGAAUCAUGAACCAGGACGGAUCUCUGAACGAAGAAGUGGUCAAGAAAAGGGCUCCAACCGACGUUACCAAGGAACGCGUCGAGGAAAUUUUUAACAAAUGCAAAGAUAUCACCGGUACUAACGAUUGCAACAAGGCAGCCAAGUUGGUGGCGUGUUACAAGAAAAACAAGUCUCUCAACCUACUCGAUUAAACAAUAAAUUUGUACAGAAAUGACCAUUUAACGAACCGAUUGAUAUUAUUUGCCUAGAGAUUAAUACGACAUGCCUGUAGAUGUAAGUUAAAGUAAAUUAAAUCGUUAACAAAA